GUACCAGUAGAUCAGAUCAGUGUUGGGUACCGGUACCAAGUGCACAUCCCUGGAACUCGUGUUGUCAGAACGCAACUGUGCGCCAGACUCUCGCUUGACUAAGGGAGUGCCCGUCCCAAUGCAAAGUGUAAGUGAAGUGGCCUACAGACCUACAUUUGUCUAACGUUCGAUUUUUUUCGAACCGCCGGACGGGAGGUUAAUAAUCCAUGCGGGGCUCAUUUUUUCGCGACUGUGUGUGAUGUCGCUGUCGUGUGAUAUACCGAUGUUCGGUUGAAAGAGACGGUGUGUAGUUUCGGUACGCUCAAGCAGCUCUGGCCGGCGCGGGGAGCGUAGUAGUAAAAAGAGAGGAGGACAGCGAGAGCGCGCGCACACUAGGAGGAGAAAGAAAAGGAUAGAGACAUAGAGGAGAGAGACAGAACAGACGUAGACGUAUACGGGGAUACGAGCGAAGGAAAGAGAGAGAGAGAGAGGGAAAAAGAAAAGGAAAGAACGAAACGAUCGCGCUCUGCUGUCUGUCAGACAGAAAAAGGAACGGAGACAGAUAGAUAGACGGGGGUGAGAAAGAGAGCGAGCGACGCAUAAGAGAGUGUAAGUAUUUCGAGAGAGAAGUGCGUGUGCUCAGGAAAGGCGUGCAAGAGGAGGGACCCCCGUCUGUCUGUCUGUUGGAAUGCACGAGGGCCGAAUGACUAUGGGGACAGGGGACGGUGGGGGCCACGCGGCCCUCGAGAACACCACCACGACGGCCCUUACGGAAUCAUCGUCGUCCUCCUCCUCUUCCUCGGUACCAACUAUCCUGAUCGAAAACAACACUGCCGCUAAUGUACCUGUGACAGACUCUCAACAACAAACUCUUCAUCAGGUGCAACAGGUUCAACAGGAACAACAGCAACAGCAAGAGCAGCAGCAACCUCAGCAGCAGGAGCAACAGCAGCAGGAUCAGCAAUCACAUGCACGGCCACGGGUCAACGUGGUUACCGAUCUUCCAACGAACGAUGCAUCAGAAAAUUCGAUUAACGAUUCGAGCAAGAUAACGAUCACUGAAUUUGUUUCAAAAUAAAUAGCCCGAAUUCGAGAAAUCAUAUGUAAUGCACCUAGUCUCUGUGCACUGGAUACGACGACAACGACGAUGACGACAACGCGGUUGUAAUUGUGAGUUACCGCGUGCAUUCAUCGAUGACACGACACGUCGUACGCCGCGUGCAUGCGUGCGUGUGCACGGUUGUUGCAUGUAUACGUAUAUGUAUACAUAUGCCCCACGACGAGCAAAUGUAUGCGCUAUUACAGCAGGCGCGCACGGUUACUUGCACGGAAAAGAGCGCGACAAUUACGUAUGGAACGUGUACAAGCGCAAGACUCUUUAGAAGGGAGGGACGUGUAUAACGUUAGAAAAAGAAACGCGUCGUGUGGUUCGCGUUCGACCAAGAGAGUAAAGAUAAUGCUCGAUAGGCAUGGCUAGAAAAAGAGGAAGCAAGGGUAAGAACAGGAGAGAGAGAGAAAGAGAGAGAGAAAUAGAGAAGAAUGGGUUAAGGUUA